AUGGUGUAUCUUGUCAGUAUUCCAAGCCUAUCUGCAAGUAAGGGCUUAAUCAACGCAAAAACCGGAAGGACUCACUUUAUCUCAACGAUACUCGAAAAGGAGCCCAGCACCAUCUAUAACCCGCAUUUUUCCUCUUCAAGCAAUGGUGAAACUGUGAACGACCAGGCUUGGCACCCUAUCGAGGAGAAGGGGCAAGAUGAGGAUGAUUCUGAUCGAUUAUUCCACAUUGUUACACCAAACCCUAGGGAGUACUCCCCAGUCACGCAUCAUGAAACCGAAGAGUCCUAUUACUUUCUCAAGCUUGGGCGCGGACGCGAUUACGAUGAUUAUCAAGAAGCCGGGAGUCACAAUCCUGUAAUUUCCAUUGUGGUUGGAGAAAUCCCACAGGCAGAUGAUGAUGAGGAGCAGGAGGAGGAGGAAGGAAGACCCGAUCCGAAUGAAUGGUACAAAGUUAUACCAAAAUCCGAAGAUGAACUUGAGGAGGAGUAUGAGGAAUCCGAGACUCCAGAGGCCUGGACUCACGAUGACCUGCGCUUGAACCUCAUUGCACAGCAGAGAGCUCUUGUAAAUGAGGAAAACGAGGAGUAUGAGCAGCUGAUGCAACAACUGCUAGAAAUGUGUAAUAUCCGGCAGGAGACCGACAUUGAUCGUCAGUAG